GUUAAUUGAUUUUUUUAGUUUUGAAUUUUGCCGGUUUUUUGUCAAAUUAGAGGAUUUUUUCGAGUUUAAGUGAAACUUCUUGAUUUAUUGAACUAUUUCUUAACAUUUUAACUAUUGCAUUUUGUUUGAAUCAAAACAAAAUAAAAUGUAAGACCGCGAUUUUUAGAUUUAAUUAACCGAUCGCAAAUGAAAUGUUAAUUAUUAUUUUUGGUGUGUGUUGUACAUUGUAAAGUAAAGGUAGGUAAACAACACAUUUAUUAUUUAUUAUCAAUUUAUUCAUAAAUUAAAUAAAAAAUAAAUUGUACAAGAAAAAAACCCUUGACUCAUAUUGCUUUUUUAAGCAUAAAAUCAAAGGAUCAUAUACACAAGGGAAAUUCAUGUUGAGCACUUGGUCAGUGAGGGAAUGUAAAAUUGUUUUAAAGUCAAAUUUGCACUAAACUAAUCUAAUCAAUCAAAAGAAAAACUUGGCAUAACCAAGCUUAAUCAUUCAUCUGGACCAUUAAGAAGAUGAUGUUCCAACAUUCCCGGCAAAUGCAUGGCAUUGAGCCAAUGGAUUUCCUUUCUCACCACCAAAAAAUGGCAGAGAGAAUGUUGUCACCAAGUCAACAGCAACAACAACCAUUGCAAAUGGAUGGCAAACGACAGAGGAUUGAUGGUGCAAAUAGCGUUGGGGGUCCGCAGCAAGAUUCUAGUCCUUAUUUACAUCUGCAACCUAAUUUUUUUCCUAUUGAUCCUUCAAACUCGACAAUUGUUGUUUCCAAAUCAGAGUAUGAAUCAAUUCGGCAAGAGGUUGUUGGUUUGAAGCAAACUUUAACUGAUUUCCGAACAAACAUAGAGUCAGAAUUAUUGCAGUUGAAAAAAGAAAAUAUCACUCUAAAGGAACAAGUAUCUAAGUGCUCGUGUGGCUGCAAACAAAAAUCUCACUAUACUGGAACCAGCAAUAAUGAUAAACUAUCAGAAGAUGACAGCAAUUUAAAUAAUAGUCUUGAAAAGGGGCUGGAAGAUGAAAUGGCCCAUUCUCCAACUUCUCGUAACCUUGUAGACAUAUUAUCGAGGGAAAACAAACGACUUCAUCACACAAACAAUGAUCUUGAGAAACAAAUACAACAGCUUAGAGCUGCCAACAACCGAGUCCCACCAAUCCCCAGUGCCCAAGCAAUGUCAUUCAUGAGAGAACUUAUGGCCUACUACACCAUCAUUGAAUCCAAUGCUGAGAUGAAUGGUGGCAAGAUGAAUGCCUAUGGAUCUGAUGGCGAGAAAGGUUCAUUCAACAACUCAUCUUUUGAUGGUCAUUCCAUAUUUGCCACCCCACUGAACAGCAGUGCAGCCAACAACUGCUCCAUCUAUGGAAAUAUGCCAGAAGCCUUCGACGUAGAAAAAGGUCUCCAGGUCCAGCUGCUUCCUAAUUACAAUGUCUGGGUAAGUAAAAGUAAACUUCAGUUAAUUCUAAAAGAAGCCACAUCUUUGAAAGAUGGUGCCCAGUUGUAUGUUCUUAGACGCCUAAUUCCUCUUGUUUUUACAUGGGAGGAGCUGGCAACAUCUAGAGGGCAGGGUUUGAAUUGUAAAUCGACUGAUGACAUCCUAUCGAAGGAUCCGCUGGACCCAACAAAAGUUUUAGUUUGUAAAGCUUAUAUGAGAAAGUUCUGUUUAGAGAAUGGUCAACCAGAGCCGCUUGAAAAAUCAAUCAACGAAACGUUUUCACAUCAAGUCAACUACGCCCGUCGAAAGUUUAAAAGGGGCAAGCCAGAUAUGGGCGAUGAUGCUUACCACCACCACCACCAACAACAACAGCAGCAAUGUUUGGACAAUGGUGGCAAUAACAAUGGGUCGAACAAUAACAAUAAUGUUCAGUCGAGAAUGAAUUAAGCGGAAAUGUGAAUGUAUUGAUAGUAAUGCUUUGGGUUCUUUUAAUCUUUGCUGAAAAAAUUUUGGGAAUGACAACAAAAACACGUGAGGUAGAAAGGAAAAGCUCAAUCCAUCCAUUCAUUGAUUUGUUAUAGAGUUGCUUGAUUGGUUUUGAAUGGUUUUUUAAAAUUCCAGUUGAUCGUUCAGUCAGUUGUUUAAUUGGAACGCUAAAUAACUCGUUGAUCAAUCGAUUUAGUGAUGUGUAGGUUGAUUUUUUCUCAAAUUAAGUUGGUCAUAAAACUUGAAGUCCCUCUUAUUUGUGUAUCCAUGUGGUUUAUUUUAUGUUUACGACUGAAGUUUAUCUUUGUACUUUCAAAAGUUUUAUUUGUUUGAAAAAAUUAUGCGCUGGCAGAAAGCCAGCCAAAUGUACAAUAGUGAAUAAGACAUGUUAUAAAUGUGGAAAACAAAAAACAGUAGCUUAAUAUGGGAAGUAGCUGUUAUGUUUUGCUACUUCAUAUCACACUACAGACAUUAAAGUAAAUUAUGCUGAGUCGACGACACUUUCAGUUACUUUAAUAUUUUUUACCAUCGUUUAUGUUGUUGCUUAAUAAAGAAGAGUUCGUUUUAACAAUAAAAAUUAUUUUUUGAUUUU